AUUUGAAGUAUAACGUGGGGAUCUCGCGUGCUCGCUCCGUGCUGGUGUCACUCCCCCAGCGGCACCGAUCGCAGGGCUUCGCUUCGUUGUCGUUACAGCAAAGCGGGGAUUUUAAAUGACCCGCGUUGACGGCCCCUUUUAACCACUGCUGGCGGGUUAUAAGACAAGGCGCAAAAUUACUGGCGCCAGCUCAGAUCGAGCGGACUGCGGAACACAUCACAGCUUAGCCAUAUGCUGCCUGCUUACAGAGUAUUGGAGCAGUUUUACUAAAGAAUGCCUUGUGUAACACCAUCCUAACUUUUGCAUUCGAGGACAUCCGUGGAGAGAAGGCAUUUUCAGAGAGCAUCACAAUAAGGCUCUCGACACUCAAGAAGGUCACACGCGAGGAUAUCAUGCCAAGCAAGAAAGUGCUACGAACAGAGCAGUUUAACACUACAGAUGAAGCUCCUAAAACUAUUUCAGUGCGUCCCAGGAAGAGAAAAGCAGACGUGGCUAUUCAUUUACAAGAUCCAGAUGAAGAGAUCACAGAGAUGACAAGAAAGAAACCAUGUGCAUCCCAGGCCUGCUGGAAUCCCAACACCGGUUACACAAGCCCAUGCAGGCGGAUCCCCGCACCCGAUGAAGUUGAGGAACCGGUUGCUGUUGGCAGCGUGGGGUUCGCACAGUAUGCCUCAGAAAAUAUUUUCAUCACUCCCACACGAUCUACCCCUCUGCCGGCCCUCUGCUGGGCAAGCAAAGAUGACGUGUGGAACAACCUGCUUAGAAAAGACAAACUCUACCUGCGAGAUACACAUGUUAUGGAGAGGCAUCCAAAUCUUCAACCCAAUAUGAGAGCGAUUCUGCUGGAUUGGCUAAUGGAGGUUUGUGAGGUGUACAAGUUACACAGAGAAACGUUUUACUUGGGUCAGGAUUACUUUGAUCGUUUCAUGGCCACUCAAGAAAAUGUUCUCAAAACAACACUACAGCUUAUAGGCAUCUCCUGUCUCUUCAUCAGUGCCAAAAUGGAGGAAAUUUACCCUCCUAAGGUGCAUCAGUUUGCUUAUAUUACUGAUGGGGCCUGCACAGAGGAUGACAUUCUUAGCAUGGAAAUUAUCAUCAUGAAGGAGUUGAAUUGGAGUUUGAGUCCUUUAACCCCAGUGGCUUGGCUCAACAUCUACAUGCAGAUGGCCUAUCUAAAGGAGACUGCUGAAGUUCUCAUGGCCCAGUACCCACAGGCUACAUUUGUGCAGAUUGCAGAACUCUUGGAUCUGUGUAUACUGGAUGUAAGAAGUCUGGAGUUCUCUUACGGCCUUCUUGCAGCUUCUGCGCUCUUCCACUUCUCUUCUCUAGAGCUAGUGAUGAAAGUUUCAGGGCUGAAGUGGUGUGACUUGGAGGAGUGUGUGAAAUGGAUGGUCCCUUUCGCCAUGUCAAUCCGUGAAGCAGGCAGCUCAGCCCUCAAGACAUUCAAAGGAAUAGCAGCGGAUGAUAUGCACAAUAUCCAGACCCACGUGCCUUACAUGGAAUGGCUGGGAAAGGUGCACUCCUAUCAGCUAGUGGACAUUGAGAGCAUUCAGAGGUCUCCUGUUCCCUCUGGAGUACUCACACCACCACCCAGCAGUGAAAAGCCAGAGAGCACCGUCUCCUGACUUCAUUAUGUAUGGAAUAGGACACAGCCCUGACAGAUGAGUUUAAAUGAAAAUCAACAAAUCAAUGGCAUUACAGGACAAACCCAAGCAUCAGCUCACAUGCAUAAGCAUAAGACUCGGAAGACCAAAAAUGUCUUAUGCUUCAUACUUUUUUCCCCCCAUUUAAUGUAUACUACCUGCCAAAAUCUCAGAGCUGUUACUGUCUCUGAUUGCUGCUAAAAGAGGGUGGGACUGGAGCAGAUGGAAAGAUGACCACGGAGAUCCCCACACAAAUAUGGGCAUGGGUUUCUGGGGCUCAGGUUGCCAUUUGGACCAGCAAAAUCCUGACAGGUUGUCAUGGGGAUUCGAGUCUCCACUGCCAGAAAGGACCAGAGAAAUCACCAGCUUCAGAAGCUAGGACUCUGAUUUUAUAUUUAAGAUUUUCCACUGGUCGCCUCCUAUGUGUUUGUAACCAAAUUUGACCAUUCGCUUUUUAUAAGUUUGUUUUUAAACAAGAUGCUGCUACAUUUCUCUAUAUCAUAUUUCUAAAUAAAGCCACUG